AUGCUCCAGCUGCUGAACUCCCUCCUCCUUGUGGCCCUGGCCUCAAGCUCUGACCAUCUUUCCCACAGCCCCAUCAGUCACACAGUCAGUGGUGAGGAUGCAGUACCCCACAGCAAGCCCUGGCAGACUCUCUUGCAGUACGAGAUGAAUGGGGGCUGGUUCUUCAUCUGUGGCGGAACCCUCAUCAACCUUGACUGGGUCCUGACUGCUGCCCACUGCAUCUCGAGCUCCCGAACAUAUCAGGUGGUAUUGGGUGAGUACGACCGGACAGUGAGGGAAGGACCGGAGCAAUUCAUCAAUGUUACAGACAUCUUUGUGCACCCACGAUGGAACUCCAGCUGCGUGGCCUGUGGGAAUGAUCUCGCUCUUCUCAAGCUGUCGCACAGCGCUGAGCUGACACUGCAAGUCCAGCCUGCCUGCCUCCCUCCUGCAGGCUGCAUCCUGCCCCACGGGACGGAGUGCCUCAUCUCUGGCUGGGGCUCCACCUACACCGGUGGGCCACUCCCCGACAAGCUGCAGAAGGGGCAGCUGCCCAUGGUGAACUACACAUACUGCUCCCAGCCGGACUGGUGGGGCUCUACGGUGAAGGAGACCAUGGUGUGCGCUGGUGGGGAUGAAGUCUCUGCCUGCAACGGUGACUCUGGAGGACCCCUCACUUGCCGCGGAGUGAAUGCUGAGUGGGAGGUUCAUGGUGUCACCAGUUUUGUUUCUGGUUUUGGCUGCAACACAGAGAAGAAGCCCACGGUGUUUACGCGUGUGUCAGCCUUCAUUGACUGGAUUGAAGAGACCAUUGCUAACAACUAG